UUGUCAGUCCGGCUAGUACGCCAGCGCGAGAGCGCGCUGCAAAAUUAAACGAAGAAAAAAAAAGAAAGGCAGCGCUUCUUUGGGGGCUUGUUUUUUUGCUUUUCGCCUCGGCCCCAAAGAGCUUCCCUGAACGACGCUGAAUGUGACGGGCUUCACGGCGUGAGCGGGAGUCGUUCGUGCCGAUCGCUGUUGGUGCUGGUUGUGUCGUCUACGUGCUGCCGCUUCGGCUUUCGGUGUUGUGUGCGCGCGCGUGACAGCAGUUCUGUGCGACAGGCCCCGACACCUACGGGAUCGACAUCGGUGGUCCAGCGUGCUUUUUCGCACACCAUGGAUUAGACGCGGCGAGCGCUUCGUGAGUUUUCCGGGCGCAGGCCAGCAGGCCUCCGAAUGGAGUACGCCAACGGCGCCGUGGCGGCCGCCGAUGGUGGUGGGUUCAGCCAGAUCGGCAUGAAGGCGCGUUCGCCGGAGGGACACGCAGCUCGGGCCAUGCACAUCAAAGGUGACGAGUUCGUGUGGGUCGAGAUCCAGGAGAAGACGUUCACCAACUGGGUGAACGAGCAGCUUCGGCCGGCGGGCGCCGGCGUCGUCACCGACCUCCGGCGCGACCUCAGCGACGGGCUGCUGCUCAUAUCGCUCGUCGAAGCCCUCCAGAAGCGCCGCCUGCGACGCAUCGCGCGACCCCUGAACCAACACCAGUGCCUGGAGAACGUCCAGACGGCGCUCACCGCCAUGGCACAGGACAACAUCAAGCUCGUCAAUAUCGGCAACACGGACAUUGUGGAGGGCAACCUCAAGCUCAUCUUGGGCCUGGUGUGGUCGCUAAUCCUUCGCUAUCAGAUCGGCCGCACGAACUUCCCGCCCAAGAAGCUCAUGCUCGCCUGGCUGCGCGCCGUGCUGCCUGACCUGCAGGUCUCCAACUUCACCACGGACUGGAACUCCGGCAUGGCGCUCAGCGCCCUGCUGGAGUACUGCAAGCCUGGCCUGUUUCCGCACUGGAGGACGCUGGGAACGUCGGCCAGCCAGGAGAACUGCCAGGUGGCCAUGGAGAAGGCGCGCGAGGAGUUUGGCGUGCCGCUCAUUCUGACGCCCGAGGACCUGGCGAGCCCCAACCUGGACGAGCUGUCCGGCAUGACCUACCUCUCCUAUUUCAUCAACGAGGACAGCCCCGGGUACAAGGCCACUCUGCGGUGGAUCCAGGGGCGGCUGCCACACCUUCGCAUCUCGAACUUCACCAGUGACUGGAAUGACGGACUGGCCUUGUGCUCUCUUGUGCACUCGCUUGGCGCUACCAUCGAGGACUUUGAACACCUCAGCAGGGACCGAUCACAGUGGGAGUCAAACUUGCAGAAGGGUAUCAAUGGUGGCAAGUACCUAGGUGUGGAUCCCCUACUGACAGCCAAGGAGCUGGCAGAUCCUGAAGUACAACCACUAGGUGUCAUGGCAUAUGUGGCUAGGUUCCAAGGCAUCCCACCAAAAAGAAGGCCACGAGAUAAGCUCACCGUUACGGGCACCGACCUUAACAAUGUUCACGUCAACAAGCCUGCUCACUUCAAGGUGCACAUAAAAGAGGGCAAAGUGGACCUCAGGCAAGUUCGAGCCGAAGUUCGGGGCCCAUCGCUCACUCCGGUCGAGUGCAAACUGCAACUGAACCAGAGUGGGGGUUCAGGCACAUUUGUUCCUGCUGAAAUAGGAAUGCAUGCGCUAAGCGUGUACUGCGAAGGAGAAUUGGUGACUGGCUGCCCCAUGCACGUCCGUGUUCAUCCGGAUAUCUCGCGCAUUCUCUUCUCUGGUAUCGACCCCUGUGCCCUUGGAUCUCUGGUUGAAGUGCUGAUCAGCUCCAAUGGCGCUGGGACAGGUAACAUCCAUGUAGAGGCUGUUGCACCAAGUGGCAAGACCAUGGAAUGCACUGUCAAGGAAACUGACGGUGUCUUCACAUCUACAUUUAUGCCAAACGAAAUUGGUGAAUGGAAAAUUGAUGUUACUUAUUCUGGCGAGCACAUCCAAGGCAGUCCCUUCACAUGUUAUGUUUAUGACCCAACACAAGUCACAAUGAAUGGUCCCAGUGCUGUGCAAAUGGGAAAGGAGGUGAUUUUCGAGUGUGAUGCAAGUCGUGCCGGCUGGGGCAAGGUUCAGCUGGAGGUACAAAUUGAUGGUCACAACGUUCCAGUCAGCACAGAUGAGAGAGGCGAUGGCAUCUACGUAGUCUCAUUCUUACCUUCAAGAGAAGGUCACUACAAGAUCUUUGCCACAUUCAACAACGUCGAAGUACAUGGCUCUCCAUUCACAAUAGUCUCCACUGCUGAUGAGCCAGAGUCUCCGAGUUCGCUCAGCGAUGCCUUCUUUACACGCACGCUAACACCUAGUGGGGAUCGUGUGUCCAGCUCCGCAUCAUCUUUCUUCCCUUCCUCCCUGGCAUCAUCUCGAGUCACAUCCCCAACAAAGACCGACCCUGACGGUCGCGUGUCACGCAAUGCUCUUGAGUUCCUUCAGUCCCGUAUCGAGACGACAACAUCUACACGACAAGAGACAAGUCUCACCCACGCAACAAGAACAAACAUUGAAAGUUCUGCAAGCAGAACUGUUUCGACACCGCCUCGAGGUGCCACACCGGAACGGCCCUCAUCACGGCACACAAGCAAGGCGCCACCACCUCCCACACCCAGAAAGCCUGCGCCAGCCGUUCCAUCGCCGUCAAUUCGAAACCAGAGCCGAGCCCUGUCCGAGGAGAGGAAUGGGAACAGGGAAGAGCAGUUUUCAAGUUCGAGGAAUUCCGCAACGCUAGAGCGGCGCAAGAGUCCAGAGAUGAGGCAGAUGACACCACCGGUGGUGGCCCAGCGACAGAUAACAAAAGAAGAGCACCGUGUGGACAGCCACCAAGAGACUCAUCACCAUGUGGAGCAUCAGCGAAUUCGGGCAAGCGAGACUAGCAGUGAAACUAAGACAGUGGUGGGGACAAGGCAGGCAGGGCCUCCCCCAGUUGCUCCCAGAGGAGGUGGUGACAUUGCGCAAGUGAAAAUAUCGGGUGAGGCACUCAAGCUUGUACCUGUUAAGCAACCUGCAACAUUCCGCAUCAGUGCUCCCGACUUUGAUCGAGAUGACUUCCAGGUGACAAUCACUGCGCCCACUGGACGAGAGUUUCCUGUGCACAUGGAUGUGCCUCAUCCGGGAGAAAUAGAUGUUGAAUUCAUCACGUCUGAAGUUGGCGAGCACGUCAUUGAAGUGAAGCUCCAGGGACGACCACUGCCAGGCAGCCCGUUCCGCAGCCAUGCCUUUGAUGCCACCAAGAUCAAAGUGGGAGACGUUCCUAAUGGAGUUGUUGGACAACCUGUGGAGUUUGAGAUUGAUGGUGCUGAAGCUGGCUCGGGCAACCUAGAGAUCAUGGUGAAUGGCGACCACGUCACGAGCCACGUCAAACCCCUUGGUGGCCAUCGCUUCCUUGCCUCAUUCGUUCCUCGAACAGCCACUGUGCACACAGUUGAGAUGAAAUUCAAUGGCGAGAAAGUUCCAGGUUCCCCGUGGAAAUGUGAGGUUCGAGACGUGCCCAAACGGGGCCCAGUGUCUGCUAGGGGCCAGACCUUGCAGACAUUUAGCUGUGGCAAGACAGCCAGCUUUGAAGUGCACGCUCCAGGCUGCAGCAAAGAUGACAUAAAGGUCAACAUCAAAGGACCUGGAAAAGCAAGGAUACAACCUGUCAUCGUGGAGCGUCCAGACUGCCAUGUUGUGGAGUUCACAGCAUUGGAAGCUGGCACCUACCAAAUAGAAGUUACGGCUUGUGGUCAGAAGGUUCCAGGCAGUCCCUUUGUGUCAAAGGCUUAUGAUGCUUCAUGCAUCACCCUCAGUGACGUCCCACAGUCCUGUGUCGUAGGCCAAACAUCUCAGUUCCAAGUGGAUGCGUCGAGAGCUGGCGAGGGGCAGCUGGAAAUAUCAGUGAACAACGGCGAGGUUCCCAACCAAGUGCAGGUGCUUAACAGUGGUCGGUGCCUGGUCAGCUUCAAACCUCUGAGGCCUGUGCCCCAUGUGGUCAGCAUCAUGUUUAACGGAGAGAAUGUGCCAGGUUGUCCAGUGGUGCUUCAAGUGUCCGAUGUGAACCAAUGCUCGGUGGACCUGAGUUCUCUGGAGCUAGUGCCUGUCAAUCACCCUAGUAGGUUUCAUGUGUCGGGAGUGUCUGAUGAAGAUCAGCUACGAGUGACCAUUGUCUCUCCUCAUGACAAAAAGGUUCCUGCUAAAGUAAGCCGCAGUUCAAGAGGAGGACUGAAUGUCGAGUUUGCCCCUGACGAAGUUGGUCCAUACAUGGUGCAAGUGGAGCAUGCUGGGAAGGUGCUGGCAGGGACGCCUGCAACGGUGAAAGCGUACGACGCCCGUAAGGUGGACGUGAGUGCCGUAUCGCAAGGCACUCUAGGAAAACCAGUCCAGUUUACAGUUGAUGUGGGAUGUGCUGGCGAAGGCAACCUUGCCAUUUCGGUGACCUCCCGCAACCGCGAUGUCCCAACUGUGGUUCACCCUAUGGGUGGGGCCAAGUUUGCCGUGUCUUUUGUGCCUGGUGAUGGGUCAGACCACAUCAUCAGCAUCAGCUUCAACAAAGAACCAGUGCCAGGAAGCCCCUUCAAGGUCAAAGUUAACGAUGGUGGAAAGAUUACAGCCAUGGACGUCUCCUCAUUGGCUGCUGCUUCGGUGAACAAAGUGGUUGGCUUUGUUGUCCAGAAUGCUGCAGGAAGAGAACAGGAUCUGACUGUCAAAGUUGAAGGUCCAGACAGUUCUCCGCUGCCUUGUUCGCUCAAGGAUGCUGGAGACAGAAAUCUCAAGGUGGAAUUCUCACCCACCAAGGCAGGAGAACACAAGAUUCAUGUCUCCCACCAAGGAUCUCCCAUCGCAGGCAGCCCAUUUGUGUGCAAGGUGUUUGACGCCCACCAGAUCAAAGUCCGGGAGGUGCCUAGAGGAAUUGUAGGGAAGCCUGUCACUUUCAUCGUGGAAACGGCUCAUGCGGGCCCCGGAAAUCUAGAGGUAAUGGUCAACAAUGGCCGAGUCCCCACAACUCCCCAGGCUCAGUCACCCACGCAAUAUGCCAUUACGUUCACACCAACCGAUGACCGGCCACAUCUAAUUGAUGUCCGCUUCAAUGGAGACCACGUACCAGGCAGCCCGUUUGAGUGCCAAGUGGUCGAUCUGUCCAAAAUAAAGGUGGUGGGGGAGGGAAUUGAACGAGUGGCUAUCAACCGGCCUGCUGCAUUUGUUGUUGACACCCACGGACAAGAUGUUGGGCAGUUCUCAGCUUCAGUGAUGGGUCCUAACCAAGUUGCAUUGAAGACUCAUGUGACAGGAAAUCAUCACAGCGGUUAUCGUGUUGAAUAUACCCCAACAGAAGUUGGGGACCACACUAUAGACCUUGAACUGGGUGGCCACUCACUACAGGGAAGCCCUUUCAUGAGCAAGGUCUAUGAUGCCUCUAAAGUGCGUGUGGCUGACAUUGGAACUGGCGUCGUUGGACGACCUGUCUACUUCACAAUUGAUGCCAGCCAAGCUGGAGCUGGAAAUUUGGAGAUUAUUGUUUCAGUCGGUGGCCGCAAUGUGCCCAACUAUGUCCAGUCUGAAGGAAAUGCCAAGUUCCGUGUCAACUUCAAGCCAAGUGAACCACUGACCCACACACUCAGUGUCAAAUUCAAUGGGGAACCUGUGCCAGGAAGCCCAUUCUUCGUUAAAGUUAGCGACAGCAACCAGUCGAUGGUGAGCGGAGCGUCACUAAGGACGUCCUCAAUUGCACGGCCUGCAAAGUUUACGAUCGACUCAAAGGGCUCUGAGAAUACUGACUGCAAGGUCACAGUUGUGGGUCCGUCAGGUAAAAAGGUGCCGGUAACUGUGACGAGAACUUCAACUACAACAUUUGAAGCAGAAUUUCAUCCAACUGAAGUUGGUCCAAACCAGGUUAAUGUUAUAUUAGAUGGAACACCAGUCCCUGGGAGUCCUUACACAUGCAAUGUGUAUGAUGUCAGCAAAGUUCGUGUCACAGGGCUCAACCCUGGAGUUGUCAACAAGCCCGUUACAUUCCAAGUGGAUGCAUUACAAGCCGGCAAUGGCACACUGGAAUUGGUCGUUCGAACACGGAAGUCCUCAGUCUGUGCCGAGUUUGCCAUGAAGAGCCAUGGAAUAUACGAAGUCACCUUUGUGCCCACAGAAAAAACGCCUCACUAUGUCAACAUCACCUUCAAUGAAGAAGACAUCCCAGGCAAUCCAUUCAAGAUAGACAUAAGGGAUAGUCAGGCAACCGUUGAAGCCAAGGCAGCUCCUAGGACAAGCACAUCUGCUGUAGUUGCUCGUGGGGAUGGUCUCAAGCAAGGACUUGUUGGUUCUGCAAAUUCCUUUGAGGUUGACACAAAUGGUGUUGGAGGGGACAUCGAUAUCAAGGUCACAGGUCCAUCCGAGGCUCACCAAGUGCGAACCAAUGUGCUGAAGUUGGAGAACAACAUCUUCCGUGCAGAGUAUCACACACGUGAUGUAGGUCUCUACAGGAUUGAAGUGCUCCACAAUGGUGUUCCAAUCUCGGGAAAGCCGUUUGUUGUGGAAGUGGUUGACCCAAGCCGUGUCAAGGUUGUUGACAUUGAAGAUGGCAUCGUUGGUCGGUCUCAGACUUUCAGAGUCGACACGACGCGUGCUGGUCAUGGAGCACUCAACGUGGUGAUUAUGGCAGGAGGUCGGGAGGUUCGCAACACUAUUCGGGAGGCUGGUCCAGGGGUCUUCAAGGUCUCCUACACACCAAAGUCGGAUCUGCCACACAAGAUUGACGUGUACUACAAUGGCCACCAAGCACCAGGCUGCCCCCAGAUUGUGGAGGUAAGGGACCCUGGCCAUGCUAUCAUAGCCCACGGAGCAGGACUCAAGGCUUGUGAACUGGGAAAAACCUCUACCUUCAUCAUUGAAACUGGAGGCUAUGGAGAUGCCAAAGACUUUGAUAUUCUCGUAUCUGCUCCAAAUGGCUCACCCCUGCCAGUCAAGUGCUACCAACAAAAGGAUGGCAGCCUUUUGGUGGAAUGGAAUGCAAACACAGCUGGAAGUCACAAGGUUGAAGUGCUGUACGAAGGAAGGCCCAUCCCUGGUUCACCAUUCCUUUGCCAGAUAUUCGAUGCAAGUCGAGUGAUUCUCCAGAAAGUUCGCAGCACCACAUUUGCUGUGAAUGAGAAGAUCUCAUUUGCCUUGAAUCGCCGCGAUGCUGGCUAUUCCGAGCUUGAUGUUACUGUAACCAGCCCCCUGGGCCGCCACCUACCCAUUGAGGUGAAAGGAACAGCAGACGGGGACGGUGAGCUGAUUGAGUUCACCCCAACUGUUCCUGGAAAGUACCGCAUUGCCAUUACCUAUGGUGGCAUUGAAGUACCAGGGAGCCCCAUCACAUUCAUUGCACAAGAUGGGGGAACACCGAAAGUGACAGGGAGCGGUCUGACAGUUGCCCAGAGCGGCGCCAUGGCUUCCUUCAAGAUUGAUGCCCGUGGCAUAUGGGGACGACCUGAUGUUAGGAUUGACGGGCCUGACUCGGAGCCAGAGAUGACUAUUGAAGAAGAGGAAGAGGGCAUCUAUGUAGUAUCCUACCUCCCUAUUGAGGUUGGAGUGUUCGACGUUCACAUCCGCUGGAACGGCAAAGAUAUACCUGGAAGCCCAUUCCAUCCAAAAGUAGCAGAUCCACAAAAAGUGCGAGCCAUUGGUGGCUGGGACAGCCUCAUGGAUGACGAAGGUCGCAUCCCACUCACUGUUGGACAGGAGAAGAAGAUAUCUGUGGACGUUGGUGAUGCUGGGCCGGGUAAGCUCAAGGUGGAAGUGCGUGGUCCCGAAGAUGUUGUGGAAACGCAUAUGGAGCAGACCAGCAGCCACCGCUACCGAAUCACUUUCACACCUGAAGAAGAAGGGGACCACUUUAUUUAUGUGUACUACAACGAUGUGCCACACCCUAACUCACCAUUCUUGGCGCAUGCCGAGCCACUGCCACCUGUGCUAGAUCACACUCGGGUGGUGCUGCGUGGGCACGGUCUAACAGGUGCCAAGGUUGGCAUGGAAGCCGAAUUCGUCAUUGAUGGCUCUGAUGCUGGGCCAGGUUGUCCUGAGGUGAGCCUGAAUGGUGUUAAGACCGACAUUCCGGUGCAGUUGAUUUCACUAGGCAACAACACGUACAAGGCCCUCUAUACCCCUUCAACCCCAGGGGCCUACCUUCUCAACGUCAUGUGGUCAGAGCGCCAGGUGAAAGGCUGUCCGCUCAAGGUGAUGGUGGCAGCCAGUUGCGAUGCAAGUCGUGUGCUCUGCUCAGGUGAAGGCCUUCGAGGUGGAACAGUGGGCAAAGAGAUCAAGGCCUUCAUUGACACACGCAAGGGCGGGCCAGGGGAGCUGACUGCACAUUGCAUGGGCCCCCACAAGAUGGCACACUGUGAGCUGUACGAUCACCGUGAUGGUACAUUCACUCUCUACCUGAAGCCCCAGGAAGGUGGACGUCAUUUGCUCACCAUCAAAUAUGGUGGAGACCACAUUCCUGGAAGCCCCUACACUCUGCGCAUUGCUGGUGCACCUGAUGCAUCUAAAGUGCGAGUGUAUGGGCCCGGCAUCGAGCCCGGUGUCCUGGCGGUCUACCAAAGCCGCUUCAUUUGUGACACCAGGGGAGCUGGCGCAGGUCAGCUGACAGUGCGCAUCAGGGGGCCAAAAGGUGCAUUCCGUGUUGAAAUGCAGCGUGAGAGCCAGAAGGAUCGCACAAUUCUAUGCAAGUAUGACCCAACAGAACCUGGUGACUACCGCAUUGAGGUCAAGUGGUCUGGGGAGCACGUACCAGGCUCGCCUUUCAUGGUGAUGAUCUUCGACACUCAGGAAGAGCUAACACGCUUCAUUCAGGGACAAUACAGUGGCGGACCUGGGAAUGCCGCUGCAGCAGCUUCGGACUAUUUUGGCGAUGGUGUCGCCUACGGCACGGGCCAGAUGUCAUGGAGAGGCUCAACGCAUGAACUUUGAUUGUGUAUACCUUGCUAUUCUAUGUCUUGUUGUGCACUGUUAUGUAACACAUCACAAUUUGUGCUUUUUUGCCGAAGGUUUGUAGCAGUUUUUGUAAAGAUGAAAGGGUUUUUUUUAAAGGAACCUUUAAGGGGCCCCAGCUAAAGCACACUUAAGGGCCAAAGCAUCUCGAAAACAGAAAUCUUUAACAAGGUUUUUUUUUUUUUUUUUUUUGCCACUCAAUUGCAGCUGAGCUUGCCAAUACAAUAUUUGGGGAUUAAGAUCACUUUGUGAAAUUUGGGGCAUUAAAGGGCAUGAAAAUGUAAUUUUGAUGUAUAAGGGAUUUCAAGGACUGCUGCAAACCUUGCAUGUCACCAGUGUCGUUUGCAUUGAAUUACUGACACAAGCACUGAAUGACCACACACCAUUGCUGUAGCAGUUUGCACACCUUUGCCAAGCGAAAGGUGUCAAAACAUCCUUGCGAUGUUACAAUUCAGACAGUGCAUCAACUGCUUUCCCAGCCAGUUAUUACGAGUGUUCUUGCUGAUAAAAUAGUUCAGGAGAUAAGUUAUUUUUAAGAAUAAAUUCAGCUCAGUGCAGUGCACGAAUUUUGUGCCAAAUGAGUGUGAAAGUGAAAGCUGCAUACAAAUAAAGCAGUUAACUCACAAUUUUGGCGAAGUUAGAAAUGAAAGAAAAAAAAAGUCUAUAGCAAUAAACUAACAGAAAAGUUUUUUGGUAUUAAAUCGUUGUUUUUCCAAUGGUAUGGCAGAAGUUGCGUCCAAGAGCAGUGCAGCAUAUAUAGUAUUUUUUACAAAGCCAGCAAACAAAUGUGCAUUGGAGCUGGGAUUUGUUAGGCAGUGUGCUGUGCUAUUUACACUAUCACAUGGCAUUGGAUGUGUGAAAUCAUCAUAUAGUUUGUUUGUUUUUUCUCACACCUAUACUGAUACUCAUCGAAAACAAUUUCAUCUUAGAAAACAAAUGGCCGAGAAGGAACAAAAAUUGAAGCACACAUAUAUUUGCAGUUUGUGACGACCUGAUGUUUUAAGCACACUAGCAUUUAAUGUUGUGUGAUGCGGUGCUGAGCAAAAUACCCACUACAUCAUGAUUGCAGAAGCGUUACUACCCUGUGUACCGAGCUUUCCAGCUCUAACAUAACGUGACAUAUUUGUGUACAUAGCUACAGAGAGAAUGGAGGUUGCAGGCUCAGUGCACUAUCAGCACCACGCCUGGGGAGGCCACAUUUCAGUGUACAUAACUUGUUUUACGCCACUGUACAUAGAGAGAGAGAGAGAUUUCUGAGGAAGUGUUUAUUCUCAGAAAAAUUUACACAGUACAGAGUAUUUUUAUAACAUAUAUAUAAGAGAAUCAUGCCCAGUCUACUCAUAAUGAAAAGUUAGAAACGCUAUGUAGUUACACGCUUUAGGCUUUGCCAUGGCUUUUUUGCAAGCACAGACUAGACAGCUGCUGGGCCAUUCUUGGUCGUCGCAAGACCAUGAAUCUCAUUAUUGCCAAGGGGAGCUGAGUGCGCCUUGUUAUUGCCAAAUGUAAGUGCUAAUGUGCCUGCAAGGUGUGCUUUAUUUAUGUGGCACGUCACUUCCUAGAAGCAUGCACUAAUCAACUUUCUGACAAAUGAGCACGGGUUGUAUUCCUUUGAUCAGUGCCCUAGUUUUCGUUUUCUUCCCUUUUGUGUCUUUUUACUACUCCUGCAAGAAGACUGGUUCGAUUUGUGUUGAAAUGCGCUUGUUAACACCACAAAGCCAAAUAACAGGAAGCUCAAGUGUUCAUAGAACUACUUUAUCAAGGAAACUAUUGCAACAUUUAUACUAUUGGCUUAGGUCUCUGAAGGCUUAAGAAAAAUGCUUUAUAUAUAUAAAACUGCUUUCAACUAUUGUAGGGCAUUGUAACUUAUAUUUUGUUUUAGUUUUUUGUUUAGCGCACUAAAAAUUUAAUACACCUUCUGUCCUGCUGUUUCAGCGACUGUUGACAUUGCUUCAGUUUUGAAAAUAAAGUGAUUUCUACUGAAGAA